GCUGACUAGUCAAAGCCACACGAAAUACUUUCCAAAAUCGUUAAAACAAGGUAUAACCCACACAAGCAACGGACCGACGGUCCCAGGCAGCUCAGAGGAGACUCAUUUCUGCAGCAAACAAUGGUUGGUGCCCACUCUAUUGUCGCCGUUGCCGCCGUACUCGCCGUCGUUCUGCCGCUCACCGCGGCCCAACCGUACCGGUCCUCGACAUGUGCAGGCGGCACCUACGCGGCCAACGGCACCUACCAAGCCAACCUCCAGCUCGUUGCCGCGGCGCUCCCCGCCAACGCCUCGGCCACGCCGGCCGGCUUCGCCACGGGCACCGUUGGUGCGUUGCCUAACCAGAUCUCCGCGCUGGCGCUGUGCCGCGGCGACACGGACGCACCAGCCUGCCGCGCGUGCGUCGCCGACGCGUUCCCCGGCGCGCAGCAGGACUGCCCGAGCAGCAAGGACGUCACCGUCUACCAGGACGCCUGCGUCGUUCGCUUCUCAGACCAGCAGUUCCUGGACUUCCCCGGCGUGAACUCGCCCUACGCCGUGUCGUCGUGGGACUCGGACAACCUCACGGUUCCCGCGGCCUGGUUUGACGCCGCCGUCGCGGCGCUCAUGAACGCCACGGUCGACCGCGCUGUGAGUGUGAGUGUGACCGCGGCAAGCAGCAGCAGCAACUCCUCCUCCGCCAGGAAGUAUUUCGCGACGGGCGUGGAGGACUUCGACGCCGAGCACUACCCGAAAAUCUACGGGCUGGCGCAGUGCGUGCCGGACAUGACGGUGGUGCAGUGCCGGGGCUGCCUUGGGAGCCUCGUCGCGUCGAUGCCGGGGUUCCUGGACGGGAAGCCCGCGGGGAGAUCGCUUGGUGUGUGGUGUAACUUGAGGUACAGCGUGAGUCCGUUCUACGCGGGCCCUGCGAUGCUGCACCUCGCGGCGCCGGCGCCGGCGCCUGCACCAACGGCUGUGCCCUCAGUUGUUACUCCAAAGAACGGAGCAGUGCUUGCAGGGAGGAGGAGGAGGAGGAGAGCAGCAGGAAUCGCCGCCGGGGUCGCUGGUUUCGUCGCGUUGGUAAUGCUAUUUUCAGGUGUCGCUCUGGUUCGCUUCAGGAGAAAGAUUGCCGAAAAGAAUGGUAGCUGUCGCUCAGCGUUGGAGAAAAUUGGCAGAGCGAAGUGCACCGUCUUUGACUUUUUUACACUGCAAGAAGCAACUGAAAACUUCUCAGAGGACCUUAAGAUCGGCGAAGGUGGUUUCGGCAUUGUAUACAAGGGAAAGCUCCCAGACGGGCAAGAAGUAGCAGUAAAGAAACUUUUAGACAGUGCUACUGGACAUGGACUGCUGCAGCUACAUAAUGAAUUGCAGGUAUUGGCAACGCUUCAGCAUAAGAACCUUGUCAGGUUGCACGGGUUUUGCGUGCAUCAGAACCAGAAGAUGCUUGUUUAUGAAUACAUCAAGAACGGAAGCCUCGACAACUUUCUGUUUGAAGACACUGAAACGGGAAAUAAGCUAAGUUGGGAUCAGCAGUACAACAUCAUUGUUGGCAUUGCCAAGGGAAUAAUGUACCUUCAUGAGGAUUCAAGAAUUAGGAUCAUUCAUCGAGACCUGAAAGCCAACAACAUCCUGCUUGAUGAGAACGCGGAUCCAAAGAUUUCAGACUUCGGACUAGCAAGGCUGCUGGGAGACCAUACGCAGACCAAAACAGCUACGGUUGCUGGAACAUAUGGUUACAUGGCUCCAGAGUACGCAAUACACGGAAGUGUAUCACCAAAAAUCGACAUUUUCAGCUUUGGUGUGCUAGUGCUUGAAAUUGUAACUCGGAGAAGGAACACCAGUUUUAAUGACUGCGAUACCGUGAAUCUCCUGAGCGAUGUAUGUAACCUCGUUUUGCACUGCAGAAAUCCACAUCAUCUCAUCACUGGAACUGAAGUUUCAACUGACAAACUUGUGGCCAACAUCUUGCAGGUAUGGAAAUGCUGGAUACAAGGGAUGGCGUCGCAGUUCGUUGACCAAACCCUCGAUGGAUUCUCUCGAACCCAAGCGCUAAGAUGCAUCCAAAUUGGGCUGCUCUGCGUCCAGUCUGAUCCUGACGACAGGCCUGACAUUUCAUCCGUCGUUUCCAUGUUGACAAGGGACAGCAUGGAGCUUCAGGCACCGGCACAGCCUGCGUUUUUCUUUGGGAGAGCCUCACCUGUUGUUUCUCAGCCGUAUGAGGAACACUUUUGUGGUUAUGACCAGUCUGAUGUGAUCUUCCAAGAAGGUAUCACAGUGAACGAGGUCACACUCACUGAUCCAUAUCCUAGAUAAGCUGAUGAUACAUAUCAAUUAUCAAUCUCCCCAAGACAAUAAUGUGGAGUGCAUAUAUAUACCAAUGAGAAUGUGAAUUACUUUGACAUUUAUUUUUGUUCAGAACUGCAGUACUAAAUGAUAGUGAACGAA